AUGGGAUUUCCAGGACUUCUUCCCCAUUAUUAUGGUCUUAUUGCCACUGUUUUUUGCUUGAUAUAUGUCUUCAUCAUACUUGGAAAUGCAAUAUUUCUUGCAAUAUUUAUAACAGACCAGAAGCUUCACAAGCCCAUGUACUUCAUCAUAUUGAACCUGGUUGUGUCUGAUGUGUUGUUCAGCACCACCACCUUACCGAAGAUCAUUGCCAGGUACUGGUUCCAGGCAGGGACUAUUUCAUUCACUGCUUGCUUUGUACAGAUGUAUUUUGUGCAUUAUUUUGGAUCUGUGAACUGCUUUGUAUUACUAAUAAUGGCUAUAGACAGAUAUGUGGCAAUUUGUCACCCUCUUAGAUAUUCUACGAUAAUUACAAACUCAAUUAUUUUUAUACUCAGCAUCAUUUCUUGGGUGAUUGCCAUUGGCGGCCCACUGAUGAAUGCAAUUAGGGCAUUUCCUCUGCCUUACUGCUCAUCUAAUGUUAUUGUUCAGUGUUACUGCGACCAUAUUUCUAUCACAAUGCUGGCGUGUACUGACAGGGUUCCUUACGCUUAUCCAUCUCUUGCUCUUGCUAUGGUCGUAUUUUUGGUGCCUUUAGCAUUUAUCAUAUUUUCUUAUUGCUCUAUACUUUUUGCAGUCUUUAAAAUCGCCACCACCCAAGGUCGCCUCAAAACCCUCUCCACCUGCAGUGCCCAGCUCAUCAUCAUUUCCCUUUACUAUCUCCCCCGGUGUUUCGUGUACAUGGCGAGCAACGUGGGCAUUAUAUUCAGCCCAGACUUGCGCAUCGCAGUCAUCAUGUUUUACAGUUUGUUCCCUCCUAUGGUGAAUCCGCUCAUAUAUUGUCUACGGACUAAAGAGUUUUUGAAACAGCUUGUCCACCAAGCAGCAAAGUUUUCUUUCUCCGAUAAGCAAAACAGUCCCAAAUCCUCUGAGGUCACUGUGAAGCUGUCUUCCCCCAUUUCCACCUUCAUCCUCGCCAUGGAGAAACUCUUCCUUGUUUCACAGAAUGCUGUGGCAUCAGUCCCACUGGCCCCCCUUCUUCAGCAUCAGAGACAGAAGGUUCAGUUCUCCUCAAAGGAGGAGGGACAUAGGCAGGAGGACGAGGUACAGGUGGCGGUGGUGGAGGAGGAGACACUUCAGGCAGGACCGGAUAUCUGA